UGCCAAAAAGGAGAUCCAUUAACUGUUGGGGUUUUUAGAGAAGCCCAAAAUAUGCGACAAAAUUUUUGGACAGAUCAAACGGCCUCCAUGUUGAAACUUUCUGCGGUACAACAAUCAACUAAAGCAAAUGAUACUUGUAAAGAAAAAGAAUGUUGACUUUGAAGGCCAAAGGCACAGAUGGGGCUGGAUUAUCUGUUAAGUUGUCAGAUAUGAAACAGGGAUCAGAUAAUCAAGGGGAUGUAAACUUCCGUUGGAAGAUCCAGGAUAACAGGAUAGAUGAAUAUCUUAUGAAGCAAAAGAUGAAGAGAAGCAGCAUCCAUAUUAUGUCUCCCAAAAAAGUUAAGGGGGACUCAUGUUUGGAAGCUCCCAAGAGCCAUGUAGAGCCCAAGUUACUGCCCAAUUUUGAAUCUUUCAUCAUUGAAGAAGAGGAAGGUUCAGGUGGUUAUGGGACUGUUUACAAGGCCCGGAGGAAAACUGAUGGCAAAAUAUUUGCGGUUAAAUAUCCCCAUGCAAAUGCUCAUUCACAUCAUGUCAAGAAUGAAAUGAAGAUGCUGGAAAGAUUUGGGGGAGGAAUUUUACCAGAGGUGACUGUAAUUGCUUAUUUUCUCAUGGAACUUUUCACGUACGCCCUAACUUCUUUUCUUUUCAUAGCCCUUGCAAGCUUGCAUAAGCAGGGAGUAGUGCACCGAGAUGUUAAACCUGGGAACUUUCUCUUUUCUCGUAAACUGAAUAAGGGAUAUCUCAUCGACUUCAACUUAGCCAAUGACCUGCACCAAAAAUUUUUCAGAACUAAUAAACCCGAGACAGCCUCAUUCGCAAGAGUAGAUGCAGCUUCUUUGUCCACUUCAAAGUCCCCUUCAACUAAUCAAGGCAGAAGAACACUGACCAAUGCUGAUUUCAGUAAUGUGAAUAAGGAAGCAGCUAAUGAUUACAAGAAACAUUUAACAACCAAGAAGAGAACGAAUUGGAGCCCGUUUGAUUCCCAACCUACAGGAGAAAGUAAGAAUAAAUAUGGGAGUCAAGCUGCAGAAGGUUCUGGUGUAACCUCGGCAAAGGAUCUGACAAGCAUGAAGACUCCCACAGAUAGGUUAAAACAGCCCAUCCCUUGUAAAGGGCGCAAGGAGUUAAUUAACUUUCUUCAUGAGGCAAUGCAAAGUCCAAAUAACAAAGCUUCGACAACUCCAGCUUCUCAGAGGAAAAGGGUAGCUGCUCCUCCAGGAAAAGUUGAUAAGAGACUUUUUGUAAUGACGCCUCUGCCGUUGCAUUCUGGUGGCAAUGCUGUUGCUGGUGCAGGCAUGCUUAAAAGUAACGGGAAUGGGAAGCACAGGAGAGAAGGUCCGUGUGUCGGAACUAAAGGAUUUCGAGCCCCAGAGGUCUUAUUCAAAUCUCUUCAUCAAGGUUGCAAAGUUGAUAUCUGGUCUGCUGGUGUUACCCUUCUCUACUUAAUCAUCGGAAGAACACCAUUUGGCGGAGAUCCCGAACAGAAUAUAAAGGAAAUUGCAAGGUUGAGAGGAAGCGAAGACCUAUGGGAAAUAGCCAAACUACACAACUACGAGUCUUCGUACCCUUCGGUUUUGGAAGUCUAUCCGUACCCCAUAACCAUCACAACAUUUCAAUUAGCUGUUGGUACUGUUCUUAUACUUUUCAUGUGGGGCGCUAAACUUUACAGGCGACCUGUGGUAUUUAUUCAAAGUUAGUAGCAAUUCUACCACUGGCCAUUAUACACACGUUUGGUAAUCUUUUCACUAACAUGAGCCUUGGAAAAGUUGCAGUUUCGUUUACGCAUACAAUAAAAGCUUUGGAGCCCUUUUUCACGAUUGUGCUUUCAGCUU